AGAACCAUGACCAUGAGGGUCCAUGUGAGCAGCAGCAGAUGCUUCGUCCCCAUCGUGUCCCUCAUGCUCCUCGCUGCUCUUCUUGCGGCUUCCAACCUGCUCCACACCACCUUCCCACACCCCUGGCGCGCGUUUUCUUCUCAUCUUCACACACGAUCACGACCAGGCGAGGGCGGGGGCUGUGACAUCUUCACGGGCGACUGGGUGCCCGACCCGGACGCGCCCUACUACACCAACGACACCUGCUCGGUCAUCCACGAGCACUACGACUGCAUGAGGUUCGGCAAGCCGGACCUCGGCUUCGUCAACUGGCGGUGGCGGCCCGACGGCGACGGCUGCGACCUGCCCCGCUUCGACCCGGCCCGCUUCCUCGCCCUGAUGAGGGGCAAGACCAUCGCCUUCGUCGGGGACUCCCUCGCCAGGAACCACAAGGACUCCCUCAUCUGCCUCCUCACCAGAGUCGCGGAGCCCACGACGAGCUGGCCGAGCAGCAAGCACUCGGUGUACCACUACGGCGAGUACAACUUCACCGUGGCCAGCUUCUGGGCGCCCUACCUGGUCCGGCACGAGCAGAUCGACGACGACGGGCCGGCGCACACGGGCCUGUGGAACCUCCACCUCGACGAGGCGGAGGACGUGUGGGCGGCGCGCAUCCCGGAGCUCGACUACGUCGUCGUGUCGGCGUCCAGCUGGUUCUACCGCCCGUCCAUGCUGUACGAGGCCGGCCGGCUCGUCGGCUGCCACUACUGCCAGCUGCCCAACGUCACGGACCUCACGCCGCGGUACGCACUGCGCAUGGCCACGCGGGCCGCGCUGGGGGCGCUGUCCGGCGCCGACGGCCGGUUCCGCGGCACGGCGCUGCUGCGCACCGUGGACCCGUCGCAGUACGAGGGCGGGCAGUGGAACAGCGAGGACGGGAACUGCGUGCGGACGGCGCCGUCCCGGCGCGGCGGGAGGAGGGUCGAGGGCUUCGAGCGCGACUUCCGCGAGCUGCAGCGGGAGGAGUUUGCGGCGGCGGUGGAGAGGGCGGCGGCGACGGGCAAUGUCAGGAUGAUGCUGAUGGACACGACGGAGGCGAUGAUACUGCGGGCGGACGCGCAUCCCAGCAAGUACCGGGGCUGGACGCCGGAGAAGCACUUCACCCUGUACAACGACUGCGUGCACUGGUGCCUGCCGGGGGCCAUCGAUACAUGGAACGACAUGCUUCUCCAUAUGCUCAACUCUACAUAA